CAGGCGGCGCAGGCGCAGGCCCAUGCGGCCACGCCCUCGUCCCCCAGCGCCGAGGCGCCGGCGCUUCCGCGGCGCCCGCCCCCCGAGGGCAGCAGCUGCGAGGUGCCAGACAGGGUGCACGCGGCCCAGCUUUUGGACCAGGACCUGCACGCCGAGUUCAUCUGCCGCAUUUGCACUGACCUUUGCCAGCCGGGCGACUUCGGGCUCCUGCCCUGCUCGCACAUUUUUUGCCGGUCGUGCCUCCGGUCCUACCUGGACUGGUGGAAGCGCAAGCCCCAGGUCGACUGCCCGGCGUGCCGGUCACCCUUCAGCCACGCUGAGGUCGGCCUGGACGAGACGCCCCCCGAGCCAUUGGUGCAGUGGCUCGCGAACGUCGCGGUGCGCUGCGUCUUCGCCCCGGCCGAUGAGCUCACGGACGACGACCCGCUGCCGGAGGGGCACGCGGCGCGCGUCUUGGAGAUGUGCUGCUCCUGGAGAGGUACCGUCUCCAACUACGCCGCCCACACACGCGACACCUGCAAGGUCGCGGCGCAGCUCAGGGAGUUCGAAAGGCUGCGCGAGGGA